GAGUAGUGCGACCAAUCCGCGGGUUCUUUUCGUGUUCAAUUUAUUAUAAUUAAAUUUGAUGAUUUGAUUUGCGCACACACUUUCGAGAAAAGAAGCUUGUUGUAUGAUUGUAUGGUGUGUCGUAGAUCGUCGGAAAGGUGUAGUGUAAUUUUGGUGAACUUUGUCUUACUCGAGGGAUAGAUGAAAACAAUACGAGAUUUAAUCAGCUGGUGGCCGCAGAUUUUCGAAUGGGAUCUGAUUAUUCUCUUGUUGAGGUGUUCAACUAGCGACGAAGUGUAAUCAUCAUGAAUAUAUUGAUUGUUGCGGGGACGAUCAUUCGAUAAGGCGACAACUGUGGUGUAGAGUGAAAAAAAGAAGUAGCAAUAAAAAGUCUGCGAAUUGAUAAGCCAGCGCGCGUUAGUGACGAGAUAAAGAGAGCUCGAGUUGAUUAGAGCUAUGAGCUCUGAAAAUUCGGAUAAACCGAGUUCAGUUAGCGGCACGAUGGCUCCCGGUGGAGGAGGAGCAGCAGCAGUAGCAGCUGCAGCUGCUAAGAUGUGUAGUGUCUGCGGGGACAAAGCGUUGGGUUACAACUUCAAUGCGAUGACCUGCGAGAGUUGCAAGGCAUUCUUCCGGAGAAAUGCACUUUCGACAAAAGGUUUCACAUGUCCCUUCAGUGAGAGUUGUGAAAUUACGGUCGUUACGAGACGGUUUUGCCAAAAGUGUCGGCUGGAUAAGUGCUUUCACAUUGGAAUGAAGAAGGAGUACAUAAUGUCGGAUGAAGAUAAGGCCCUGAAGCGGAAGAAGAUUGAACAGAAUAGAGCCAAGAAGCGGAUGAUGAAUGGGAGUGGUUCCAGCGAUGGUGGGAAUUCCGUCACUGGGGAGUUGGGAGGUGGUAUGAUGGAAUCGGAUCUGCCGAUGAAGAUUAAACGGGAGGGAAACGAAUCGGAUUGCUGGAGUAAUUCUUCGGAUUACAUGUCACCGGAGAUGAUACAUCAUCAAACGGGCUCAAGCAUGCACAGCUUAUCGGUUCCUAAUGUAAACGUAUUCAACAACGGUGUGCCUUCGCCCAAUGAAAUAAGCAAUUCUUCAAGCUCAUCGCAUAAUAAUUUAACUCACACCCAUCCGACGACGACGACACCGACGACAACGGAGGGAGCAGACCUCUUAUCAGCAGCGAUUUCAGCAGUGCUGCCACCUCAGUCGAUGGACUCGUCAGUGAAAACGACUCUCGGUGGUGAACCUUUGCUGCCUGCCCUGUCACUCGACUCCAGCCCAGAAGACAUUGUGAACCGGAUUGUCAACUAUCCGACACAGGCCAGUCAAACGAUUGCCUCUCUAAUGAAAACCCCGAACGAUGCUAUGUUCAUAAUGUCGAAGAUCAUCAACUCCCAGUGUGAUGCAUUGAAGUUGAUAUCGCACUUUAUAACAGCACCUGGCGAUGCGCUGCAAAUUAUCAGCAAGAUAAUGAACUCGCCGUUGGAUGCUCUAACAGUAUUUGCUCAGUUCAUGAGCUCUCCGACCGAUGCAUUGCAAAUUAUCGGGAAAAUCAUGAGCUCCCCGGCAGACGUUCUUCAAUUUAUGCAACAACUUAUGAAUCAACCAGAGGAUGCCGUUCAAAUAAUGAACAAAUUUAUGAACGCUCCUGCCGAAGCGCUCCAAAUGAUCAACAAGAUGAUGAAUCACUCGGACGUAAUUGAAACCAUCAAGGAGGCGGCGGACACCUCGCAGCAAGACGAAGAAGAUCAAUCCGACGCGGAACCGGUCCAACCAAUCCAAUCGGUCAUUCCUCCAGCAUCCAACAGUUCCGCGGCUUCGCCUUCAUCGACAUCGCACUGCGAACUUACCUCCCCCGUCUUUGAUCCAUUCCUGUUCAACACUGUAUCGGAACCUCCAACCGAUCCUCCAAUGCCCCCAUAUUCGAACUCGGAUUUCAACGUAUUCCAGGACGUAGGAAGUAAAUCAAUUCUCCCGAACACGCUGGAAGCUGUUCUCGAGCAAGCAAUCCGGCUAGAAUACGAAGGCUAUAGCGGGUCAUCACUGGGGUCUAGCAGUGGAUCGAGUGGAGCUUCGUCUACUUCGGGACAGCAGUCGCAGAUGGCUGCAGGGAACAGUAUUGAGUUGAACGAUGCCGAACGGGCAAAGCUGAACGAGCUUAUUGUGGCGAACAAGGCGCUGUAUGCACCGGUAGAUGAGGAUCUGGCGUCGCUGAUCUCCGAGGAUUGCCGAAUAAAGUCCAACCAAAACCAGCACGAUCCUCUGCUGUUGAAAGUGGUCAACCUAACGGCAAUUGCCAUCCGGCGUCUCAUCAAGAUGUCCAAAAAGAUAAGCGCAUUUAAGAACAUGUGCCAGGAGGAUCAGCUGGCACUGCUCAAAGCGGGCUGCACCGAGAUGAUGAUACUCCGCUCGGCCAUGCAAUACGACUGUGAUAGGGCUAGCUGGAAGAUUCCCCACAGCCAGGAGGAGAUGUCCAACAUCAGGGCGGACGUGCUGAAGCUGGCGAAAGGAAACGUCUACCAGGAGCAUGAAGAAUUCAUUCGUACCUUCGACAAAAAGUGGCGCUCGGACGAGAACAUAAUCCUGAUCAUGUGUGCCAUAACGCUGUUUUCACCCGAUCGGCCGAAAACGGUGCACUCCGAUGUGAUAAAGCUGGAACAGAAUUCCUACUACUAUUUGCUGCGACGGUACCUGGAAAGUAUCUACCCGGGCUGUGAAGCGAGGUCCAUCUUUCUGAAGCUGAUGCAGAAAAUCUCCGAGCUGCACCGGUUGAACGACGAAAUAAUCAGCGUCUAUUUGGACGUGAAUCCGGCCCAGGUGGAACCCCUGUUGCGGGAGAUUUUCGACUUGAAGGUGCAUUGAACACAAGAAAACAUUAUGUACCUUGGUCCCUUUCUACAUCACAAAUUAGAUGUCUAGUAAAAAGCUGCAUGUGUGUUAUGUUGUGUUAAGGAUUUCAUAGCUGGUUCUAAUGAAAGCAACAGGAAUGCUUAUUUUAAUUUCGUACCUUAGCUUUAAGUGACAGCGAUAGAGAGCCUAGUGAACGUUUGUUGAAUAAGCUUUAACGGAUUUAUAGAGUUUACGUAUUUAUAGAUGAUAUAUAUUUUUACAGUCACUAGAAAAUAGUAAAAGCAGAACAGUACUAGUGUUAGGUUGUAAGAUAGCAUGUUAUCGUUGAUAGGCAAUACAGAUUAUACAGAACAGAUUAUACAAAAUAAUAAAACGCAAAGUUACUACUGAAUUCAAUUGAAA